AUGCGAUCUAUCGUUAGGCAGAUACACGACUAUGUGUCGAACGGGCACGGAGUUACGGAUACACCUUUCAUCAUUUUCGGGCAGUCCGGUCAAGCUACUGUAGGCGUCUACAUUGGCCAGGGUCUCCUCACCCAAGGCUUUGCCCCAGCACUUAAGGUCUUUGAAGACAACUUCGCCGACCUCAACGUCUCGACUCCAAGCCUAGCCAUGCAGUUCUGUGGACCAGAAUACGAUGGCAGCCAUAUCUUUGGAAUCAUGGUCACCAGCAACGCGAAAUUUGCCCUAAUUCAGAAUGCUAUUCAAGCAUGGAACAACGGCACAUGCCUGUCAUAUGCUGAAUUGACCAGCCUGACCGGUCAGGCCACGUUCGCCAAGUCCCUCACGCCCGUUUCGUUCCUCAAUGGCACUGCCAAAUCACCUAAAUCAUUGAAUACAACUAGCCUCGAAGCAUACAAGCGAAAUGGCGGAAAAACCUCUUAUCACACUACGCUCGGUCGUCGUCCCGAAUGUAAGGCUGUCGAGAUUGAACCAGGAGACAGUUGUGAAGCAUUGACCGAACGAUGUGGUAUUUCGCCCGCCGAUUUCACCAAUUACAACCCUGAGGAGGAUUUUUGUGCCACUUUGAUGCCAAAGCAGCACGCAUGCUACUCCAGUGGAUACAUUCCUGAAGUUUCUCCCGGGCCAGACGGCGAUGUCUCUUCAGCUGUCAAUCACACCAAGUCAGAGGAUGAUCCUAAGACAGAUGAUACUAGCACCGGGAACUGGAUCAACUAUGAUUGCACGAACAUUUUUAUCGCAGACAGCUUAGGGUAUACUCCUAGUGAAAGGUGGAAUGGCCUAGAUGCAGAUUCUGCUUGGGAAGAUGUUAUCAGAGCCUGGAAAGACAUCCAUGGAAAGGACAAAGCCGUCACAUUUUAUACUUUCGACGUCAGUGCGAACGUCGAAUGUCAAAAGAUCGAGAACCUUAACUGCGACAUUGCUAUUGAAUGUACAAAGAGUAUGGAUGGUCCUACUUCAGGGCCUGCAGCACAGCUCUGUGAACGGUUUAUUCAUCAACUGUACCGGGAAUAUCACGAUGCUCUCUUCAGAGUUGCCUCAACUAUUAGCACUAUGCUUGUUGACCUAGAGAACAAGUUUGCCCCAAUUCCGGAAGAAACAGACGACAAACAGCUCCUACUUGUCAUUGAUCUUCUGACUCUUGGGACACUCUCAGUCGCUGGGCCUUUCUUCAACAAUUUAUUGAAGACAUUGCCUUAUUUCAUCCGGGCUAGUGAUGCUGCUUUCGACAACGCGAAGGAGGCUACCGUUAAUCUUAUUGGACAAAGCACCACCAUUGCGAAAGACUUGAAACCAGAUCAGAGUAAUUCUAGGUGGACACCGGAGAAGCAAGCCAGUUUCUCAAACGCUAUGGGCCAGACUAUCGACGGCUGGGCCAACAUCACUGGUUUUGCUGUUCAUGACCUCUUUGACGGUACUGAUGCAUCUACCGACAUUUUAUGGAACGCGAUAUCCGACGGGAAACUUAUAGAGGGUAAAUCUGAGGGAAACACACCCCAAGAUACUGGUGAAGCCGACCUACGAGCUCACAUUGGCAAGACCAUAUUCCAGUAUUCCAUUCCUCAACUCUGGCGCAUUUCCAACACAUACCCCUUUGUCAUAGACUCUGGCUACGGUUGUGGCGAAGACAAGCCGCUAAGAAAGUACCUGAGCGACAUAACCAUGGAAGCCACCGGCGCGUGCAUUGAAGACACGAUGUAUUAUCUAGUCGAACCGCAUGGACAGUCCCGGGAUUGUCCAUGUGCCACAAUUACGGAUUUUCCGAGUAAAUGGGAUUGUAGAGAGGAAAAGUUUUCAGCUCUCUCAGGUCUCAGUUUGCUCGACGGAAACAUCUUUGCGGGCGUCACAAAAGAGGAUCUCAUCAACGGCUCCGUCCGCACCUGGAAGCAGAAUGGCAAAGUCAACGGCGGCGGUUUACCAGACGUCAAAGACAAGCUUACAAUCGAUGACUUACUCAGCAUGGAUGUCACAACUCCUAGAUACGUGCGCCUUCCUGUCUGCAUUCCUGCACAAGCAUUCCAAUCUUGGGACAGCAGUAAGCCUGGCUCCAGCGAUAACUACCCUUGUGAUAACCCGCCUGGAAUUAACUCGUGCGGUGAUUCAACCUUUGAGGAUCAGUCAAGUGAUGCAUCCUCCAAUGUUGCAGACUGCCUGGAGAUCAUUGAGAAUAUCGAGGGCGACGCCAGCACUACUUGGACCACACAGGUGAUCGGGAAGAACCAACGGAAGAUUGCGUCGUUCGGCUCUUGUUCUUUCGGUGUCGAAGCAACCGAACAGAACGGCAAUACAGAUUUCGCGGUCUGA